AUGGUGGGGCGGCCGGGCGACUUCCAGGCGGCGCUCGCUGCAAUGAAGACGCUGAUGGGCUGGGGCCUCUCCCUCGGCCCGACGGGCGAGAUGCGGCACGCUCCGGACGGGACGGCGGAGCAGCGCGCGAGCCUGAAGACGUUGGUGACGAUGGCGAUGGAGGAGAAGGUUGCGUUUGUGCCGCGCGACCCCAACGCGAGCACUCCCGCGCCGAACGCGACGCUCAGUGCUGCCGCCUCAGCGUUCGCUGACGGGGCAGCGGAAGCGAACAAAGCUUUCCAUCCCCUGCCGCGGGCGCUCGUUCUCCGCCUCCUCGUCCUGCGACGAGACGAGGAGGCGGAGAACGAGCGCCCGCGGCAGCCGUCGAGCGCGACGUCCGCUUCCGCUGCGGCGUCUGGGACUGGCGGAGAAGGAGCCGCUGCCGGAGGCGGCGCCGGCGCGGCGCCAGCGCCAACAAAGCCUCCGCUCGCGACGCCUGCGCCCCGACGCGUCCCGAGCCACGCCUCCGACACCACCGGCGUGAAGCCGGAUGCGCGGGGGGCGUGUGCCGCGCAGCGCGCGAACCCGCGCGCUGCGCACGGCGUGGCGCGCGACCACAGAGGCGUCGUUGUGAAGGAGGCUUCGACCACCCCGGCCACCGCCUCCAAGAGCGUGGCCGCGACUUCCGCGCUCGCUCCGUUGCCGCCCAUUCCGAAGCGCGGCGACGGGCGCGGGAGAGUGCUCCAGACGCGCUCGGAGGAGCUGCUGCUCGACGAGAUGCUCGAGCAGCACAAGGCCGACAGGCGCCGGCGGAGACAGGUGGACGCGAACGCCGCUGGGGCGGCCUCUGCAAAGGGGCCCUCCCUGUCCAACUUUACGGCGAACUUUGGUGCCGUCGACCCCGACAGCCGAGCGGGGCAGGCGCAGCUGGGGCGCAAGUCUGCGGGCGAGGCAGAGGUCGUGCAGGCCGGGCGGUUGGCUCUGCAGAAGAAGCUGGGCGCCCUCGAGACGAAGGACGACCUGACGAGCAAGGCGGCCACGCGACUAAAGGUGGACGUGACGGCCUUCCGCUGCCGCGAGUGCGGCUACCUCUCGCAAUCGCGCAGUUCGCUCUGCGAGCGGGAGGGCCACGACGUGAGGAGGCUGCAGGCCGUCAAGCGCUUCUUCGAGUGCGGCGGCUGCAAGGGCCGCAUCUCGCUCCUCAACCAGCGGCUGCCGGAGACCGCGUGCACAAAGUGCGGCGGCAAGUUCCACAGCUGCUCCGUCACGCGCGAGAAGCUUGCAGCCGCGCCCUCGGACGAGUUCCUCGCGCGGGGCAUCGAGCACGGCCGAUUCCUCGGCGCGGACGGCCCGCGCGCUGGGGCUGCCGGUGAGGGGCGCGAGGCUGGCGGCGGCGCGGCGCAGCACCACCGGCGCGCGGUGGUCGAUGCCGGCCGCGCGAACGCGUUUGCGGCGCAGGUGCCGCUUCACGACGGACCCGAUGACUGA